UCAUCCAUGGCGACGCACACCAUUUCUCGCUCCUUUCUUCGUUCUCCCACGAAAUCUCUAUCCACUCUCUUCACUCGAUCAUUCUCUUCAUCCGCUCCUCUCGCUAAAACCACCCCGGCGUCCUCUCUGCUCACCCGAUCCCGUCCCCUCGUCGCCGCCUUGUCCUCCGUCGCUCGCGGUGGCUUCGUGUCUUUGAAAGGUCUUUCGACGCAGGCUACGUCGUCUUCUCUUAACGAUCCGAAUCCGAAUUGGUCGAACAGGCCGCCUAAGGAGACGAUUUUGCUGGAUGGAUGUGAUUUUGAGCAUUGGCUUGUGGUAAUGGAGCCGCCUGAGGGAGAUCUUACGAGAGAUGAGAUUAUUGAUGGGUAUAUCAAAACCCUAGCUCAGAUUGUUGGCAGUGAGGAAGAAGCGAGGAUGAAGAUUUAUUCGGUUUCAACUCGGUGUUACUUUGCUUUUGGAGCUCUUGUGUCUGAAGAUCUUUCUCACAAGCUCAAAGAGUUGCCAAAGGUGCGGUGGGUUCUUCCUGAUUCUUACCUUGAUGUGAGGAACAAAGACUAUGGAGGGGAGCCUUUCAUUGAUGGGAAGGCUGUUCCUUAUGAUCCUAAGUACCAUGAGGAAUGGAUAAGGAACAAUGCAAGAGCAAAUGAAAGAAAUAGGCGUAAUGACCGUCCUCGCAACUUUGAUAGAAGCAGGAGCUUUGAGAGGAGAAGAGAGAACCCGGCAGGAGGCCCUCCUCAACGUUCUCCCAUGGGCUCUGCACCUCCUCCACCUCCUCACAUGGGUGGCUCUGCACCUCCACCACCUCACAUGGGGCAGAACCACGGGGGACCACCACCUCCACAGAAUAACAUGGGAGGACAAAGGCCGCCACCAAACUAUGGAGGAGGCCCACCUCAGAACAACAUGGGAGGACAGAUGCCACCAGCAAACUACGGAGGAGCACCACCACCAAACUAUGGAGGACCACCACCACCAAACUAUGGAGGAGCGCCACCACAGAACAACAUGGGAGGAGCACCACCACCACCAAACUAUGGAGGAGCACCACCGCAGAACAGCAUGGGAGGAGGUCCACCAAAUGCAGGAUGGUCAGGCAACAACUACCAGCAGCAGAGUGGUGGAAUGCAGCAGCAGCCACAGUACCAAAACAACUAUCCACCAAACCGGGAUGGCAGCGGGAACCCUUACCAGGGUUAGAUGUGUAGAUAAUCUGAGGAAGGGAGGGUGAGUGCAAUAGCAAGGCUUAGAGCCUCCUGCCAUCAGUAGUUAUCAACCUGGUAUCUUGUGAGAGAUAAUAGCCUCUAGUAAACUGUGGCAUGGUUUAAACGUUUUCUGUUGCGUCUUUUAUUUUUUUAUUUUAUAUCCUAAAUCUACGUUGUUCUUAAGUGGUUCACGUGUAGGCUAUGUGUUACUGAUUUAUCCUUUAGUAAUUCCUCGUUGGAUUAUGCUCCUAGUUAAAAGAUCGUUACGUCGCUGUUUGGCUCUUUUCUGGUCGAGCUCCAAACAUGUGUUCCUGACUGCUUGUGGAGAAUGC